GGGAGACGAUGAUGGCGGCGGUCGGUGCACCAGAAGUGAUUUCACAGCUGGAAAGCGCUGCCAAAGUUUUAAUGGCACCGCCGUCCAUGGUCAGCACAGAGCAGAGACAACAUGCAGAGCACAUAUUCCUCUCCUUCAGGAAGUCUAAAUCCCCCUUCGCUAUCUGCAAGCACAUUCUUGAGACCAGUAAGGUGGACUAUGUGCUGUUCCAGGCGGCCACAGCAAUCAUGGAGGCCGUGGUGAGGGAGUGGAUCCUGCUGGAGAAGGCCAGCAUCGAGUCUCUACGUACAUUCCUCCUCACCUAUGUUCUACAGAGACCCAACCUGCAGAAGUACGUGCGCGAGCAGAUGCUUCUGGCCGUGGCCGUCAUUGUGAAGCGCGGCUCCCUAGACAAGUCCAUCAACUGUAAAGGCAUCUUCCAUGAGGUCAGCCAGCUCAUCAGCAGCGGCAACCCCACAGUGCAGACCCUGGCCUGUUCCAUCCUGACGGCUCUGCUCAGUGAGUUCUCCAGCUCCAGCAAGACCAGCAACAUCGGACUUAGCAUGGAGUUCCACGGCAGCUGCAAACGCAUCUUCCAGGAGGAGGACCUCCGGCAGAUCUUCAUGUUGACCAUGGACGUUCUCCAGGAGUUCAGCCGCAGGGAGAACCUCAACGCCCAGAUGUCCUCUGUGUUCCAGCGCUACCUGGCCCUGGCCAAUCAGGUGCUCAGUUGGAACUUCCUCCCGCCCAAUCUGGGACGCCACUACAUCGCCAUGUUCGAGUCCACCCAGAACGUGAUGCUGAAGCCCACAGAGACAUGGAGGGAGGCCCUGCUGGACACGCGCGUCAUGGACCUCUUCUUCACAGUGCACAGGAAGAUCCGGGAGGACUCAGACAUGGCCCAGGACUCGCUGCAGUGCCUGGCCCAGCUGGCCUCCAUGCACGGACCCAUCUUCCCCGACGAGAGCGCCCAGGUGUCUUACCUGGCCCACCUGGUGGAGGGGCUGCUCAGCAUGAUCAACGGAAUAGAGAUCGAGGACUCUGAGGCCGUGGGCAUCUCCAACAUCAUCUCCAACCUCAUCACUACGUUUCCCAGAAGCACCCUGACGGCCCUGCCCAGCGAGCUCUUCACCUCCUUCAUCAACUGCCUCACUCUGCUCACCUGCUCCUUCGGGCGCAGCGCCGCCCUAGAGGAAGUGCUGGACAAGGAUGACAUGGUGUACAUGGAGGCGUAUGAUAGGUUGCUGGAGUCGUGGCUGACGCUGGUGCAGGAUGACGAGCACUUCCCUCGCGGCUGCUUCGUCCAGCCGGCCGUGCAGGUCUUCAACUCCUACAUCCAGUGUCACCUGGCGGCCCCCGAUGGCACGCGGAACCUGACAGCGAACGGCGUGGCGUCGCACGAGGACGAUGAGAUCAGUGAGCUGCAGGAGGAUGACAGGGAGCUGUUUUCUGAUCAGCUGGCCAGCAUAGGCAUGCUGGGACGCAUCGCAGCCAACCACUGCAUCCCCCUUCUGACCAGUCUGCUGGAGGAGCGUGUGACUCGUCUGCACGGGCAGCUCCAGAGGACCCAGCAGCACCUGCUGGCCUCGCCCCACGCUGGCUCUGUGGACCGCAAGGUCCUGGAUGACCUCUACGAAGACAUCCACUGGCUCAUACUGGUCACAGGGUACUUGCUGGCAGACGAUGCCCAGGGCGAGACACCGCUCAUCCCCCCGGAAGUGAUGGAGUACUCCAUCAACCACUCCACGGAGGUGGACAUCAACAGCACCCUGCAGGUCCUGGGCUCCCCCGGAGAGAAGGCCUCCUCCAUCCCAGGAUGCAACAGGACAGACUCUGUCAUCAGGUUGCUGUCUGCGGUGCUGAGGACAUCUGAGGUGGAGUCCAGGGCCACCAGAGCCAGCCUGACCGGCCUGCUCAGCCCUCAGAUGGGGAAGGACAUCGUCUGGUUCCUCCGUCGCUGGGCCAAGACCUACCUGCUGGUGGACGAGAAGCUGUAUGGACAGAUCAGCAUGGCUCUUAGCACGGCCUUCGGGGCAGACACUGAGGGGGCCAAGUGGAUUGUGGGAUACCUGCUGGAGAAGGUGAUCAACAACCUAUCGGUGUGGAGCUCGGAGCCGGAGCUGGCCAAUGAAACAGUGGAGCUGCUGGUGACCCUGGUGGAGAAGAGGGAGAGGGCCAACAUUGUGGUGCAGUGUGAGAACUGGUGGAACCUGGCCAAGCAGUUUGCCAGCCGCAGCCCUCCCUUGCACCUGCUGUCCAGCUCCGUCCAGAGGACCCUGAUGAAGGCUCUGGUCUUGGGGGGCUUCGCCCACAUGGACUCUGACACCAAGCAGCAGUACUGGACCGAGGUGCUGCACCCCCUCCAACAGCGUUUCCUCAGCCUGAUCAACCAGGAGAACUUCGCCCAGAUUAGCCAGGAGGAGGGAGUGAAGCGGGAGAUCGUCGCCACGCUGGAGGCCCUGUGCGGCAUCGCCGAGGCGACGCAGAUCGACAACGUGGCGUCGCUCUUCAGCUUUCUCAUGGACUUCCUGUCCAGCUGCAUCGGCCUGAUGGAGGUGUACCGCAACACCCCGGAGACCAUCAACCUCAUCAUCGAGGUGUUUGUGGAGGUGGCCCACAAACAGAUCUGCUACCUGGGGGAGUCCAAGUCAAUGAAGCUGUACGAGGCGUGUCUGACGCUGCUGCAGGUCUACUCCAAGAACAACCUGGGCCGCAAGCGGUCGGACGUGGCGGCGGAGGAGGACCAGUACCAGGACCUGCUGCUCAUCAUGGAGCUGCUCACCAACCUGCUCUCCAAGGAGUUCAUCGACUUCAGCGACACCGGUGGGUCAGAUGAGGUGUUCCGGGGCCAGGAGCAGGGUACAGCAGCGUCGGGUCGCUCUGUGUCUGCUGCAGACGUGGUUCUGUUUGGAGUCAACAUCGUGCUUCCCCUCAUGUCUCAGGACCUGCUCAAGUUCCCGUCCCUGUGCAACCAGUACUACAAGCUCAUCACCUUCAUCUGCGAGAUCUUCCCAGAGAAGAUCCCCCAGCUGCCUGAGGAGCUCUUCAAGAGCCUCAUGUUCUCCCUGGAGCUGGGGAUGACUGCGAUGAGUUCAGAGGUCAGCCAGUUGUGUCUGGAGGCUCUGUCCCCAUUGGCGGAGCAGUGUGCCAAAACCCAGGAGAAGGACACGCCCCUCUUCAUCGCCACGCGCCACUUCCUCAAGUUGGUGUUUGACAUGCUGGUUCUGCAGAAGCACAACACAGAGAUGACCGUGGCUGCAGGAGAGGCUCUGUACACUCUAGUCUGCCUGCACCAAACGGAGUACUCUGAGCUGGUGGAGUCUCUGCUCUCCACCCAGAGAGACGCCGUCAUCUACCAGCGUCUGGCCGACGCCUUCAACAAGCUGACUGCCAGCAGCACGCCCCCCAGCAUGGACCGCAAGCAGAAGUUGGCCUUCCUCAAGAGCCUGGAGGAGUUUGUGGCUAACGUGGGGGGGCUGCUCUGUGUCAAAUAACCACUGUUUCCUCAACAUCCCCUCCCUUAUCCCCUGCCACCUGACUACCCCCUGCUGGUCCUUUGGACUGCCUGCCUGGUCUUCUGCACCUCCCCCCCCCCCCCCCCCCAGGCCCCUGCGGACUGGGCCUGAACACUAAGGAGACAGGGGACCUUGUAGCUCUGGAUCCUCCAGGGCGGAUACUGACGGGGUAGAGGUGGGGUGGUGGCCUCCAGGACUGAGGGGGUGGAGAUGGGGGUAGGACUGGGGGUGGAGGGGGCAGGGUAGGUUGGUAGUCAGGCCUCUUACCUUUCCAAUCAUUGUUUACUUUAUUGGUGCUGGGGUGAAGGCAGGAGGGAGGGGGAUGAUCUGUUCCAGGAACACCACGCCCCUCCUCCCCUACCUCUCCCUCGCCACUCCGACCCUGCCCCCCUCCCUGAGUGCCUUUGUUUUCUUGAUUGUGUCGUGUGUCGACUCCUGCGUUGUCGCCGUGGCGAGCUGGAACAAGUCUCCCCAUGACGUUGGUGCCUGUCAUUCAAACUGCAAACUACGCACGCAUCACAGAUCGCCAUGACAACGAGGCCUCACUGGCUUUUUCCAGACUGUCUAGGAGGGUCGGGUGUUUUGGAGGGUCGUCGACAGACAAACCAAAUCACUUUGUGUUUCAUUAAGGGUGUAUAUAUGUUUUCAACAAAAAAAAGGAGAAAAAAAUUAGUUUCAAAAUUAUGACUGAAAGGUUUUUAUAAGAUAAUUGAUAAAAGAGAGGUUGACCAGAGGAAGAGGAGGGGUGAGUUGUGAACUCGGGAUGUAAUCUUCCUCCUCACUGGAGGUAAGUUCUAUCCUGUGCCUCCACUCUCUUCCCCAGCGAAACAGCAGGGGGGUGGAAGCCUUAGAAACGCUCAGCCUCUCAACUUUAGCAUAAACUCUAGUUUUAUUUUUCUACGACACAUUCACUCUUCUACACUUCAAAAACACACUGGAUGGACAAGACAAGACCCUACAAUACCGAAGAAAGCAAUAACAAACCAAAAAAAGGAACGAGCCACUUGUUUUAACUAUGGCAUUGAAGAUGGACCUUCAGAUCUUCUUGUUGAGAGCACUACCCUGGUUGUUUUGGAAUGCCUGAAUGAAUUGUAACGAAUUGUAAAAGUGUACAUAAACUUAUUAUAUAAAAUGUC